CUACUUCUCUACACUGUUUAAUAAACGUGGGACAGAUCUAGAUAAUUCUAGCUAGAGUCCUCUCAGAAGUGACUGAAGUAGUGAAUAUGUGUGUGAAGAUCAGAUUGUUUCACUUUGUUUUUUAUGAAGUUAUGUUCUUUUAGAGAAAGCUUGUAUUCCAUAGAAAUCAGGGAAGCUUGUAACAGCAGAAUUGCUUUCAGAGCUGUGAAUGAGUCUCUCUUAUGCAGAUACCAUAAACAUUAGCUGUUUUCUUGAUUUGCUUGGACUUAAGUAAAUCAGUAGCUGCUUUCAGCUCAAGUUCACCCUUAGGUCCCCAACUACCACCCAUUUGUAAUGCUGCUCUAAGUUUGAGAUGAGGCAGCAUUCUUGCUAAGUGUAAAAAGACCCUGCUGAGUUUUAGGACCUGAAAUUAAAGCUUUUACUACCUCCUUUCAUGCCUUUCUGUACCCAGGAUAUUACAGUAUGUUGCAGUGGGCAUGGUUUUCAGGAGAGCCAUCAGCAGACUUUUGCUUUUCUUCUUUUGACUUUUUUCACUUUCCCUUGCUCUGCUGACUGCAUUAUUUAGCCCUUUACAUAAUCUCCUCCUGCCCCGUGCAUUCACCUGGCAGAAUUAGUGAUUGCUGUACAAGCAACACUUCAAGAUACUCUGCUUUACACCACAACACGUUCUUGUGCACACGCAGCAGUUUGCAGUGGAUGGCCCUCUCCAUCACACCUAGAUUAAUGCACUUCCACAGUAAUUUUGUAGAGUACAAGUAUGAGUUAUGUGUCAAAUGGAUUCAAUACAGGCAGGAUUAAGCUUGUAAAAACAAAGUACUACGCAGUACUACGCUGCAAAAAGCAGCCAAGAAGGGCUUAGCACUUACUGUAGGGAGUCUGAGGGGGUACCUGUUGUUACUCCUGAUGUUUAGUGUUUGUGAUUCAGCUCUUCAACUUGCUCCAAAAGUGAAAAGAUGACUUGACCUUGACCUCAAGAGUACAGCUUGACUCCACUGAUACUGGGAGAGUCAUGGAACUGCUUUCCUCUUCCCAUAAUACCUUCCUUAUAUUUAAAGUUUUAGCAGCCAAAUCACAUGACCCCACAACAGAAGGGGGGCUCAGCCUAGUAAAUGCCACAUUAUUUUUAUUCUUUUGGGAAAAUAACGGGACAUAGGCUUCCUGGUAGGCAGCCAGUGAAUGAAGUCAGGUGGAAUUUGCCUUGACUUGAUUAUAAUCACCUUUGUCCCUUUGUUGAUGCCACCUCAACCAUACCCUUUUGUUGCAUUCUUAUCCUGCUACUUACUGUCAUGAAGCUCAGCAGGGAAAAUAAACUGAGGCCAUCAUAACAUAUGGGAGUGUGUUGACUAGAUUUGACUGGUCACUUGAGGUGUUUUUCCUUUUUCUGUGUGUUGGAGCUGAAGUCAGAACUGUAUGUUGUUUCAUAUUUAGGGAUCAUUAUUUUUAGACCAGCAGCAGGUCUUAGUGUGUAAUCUGCUCAGGUAGAGCCACAUGAGGCAUCAGGGCGUGCACAAAGUGUCUCUUGAGCUCAGAGUCCCUGAUGUUGAGUAUAACUUGAGUUUGGGAAGUGUGGAUGCUGAAAGCACUGAAUCGUGUGAUAAUUUAAAGCUCAGUGACUCAUAUUUGUCUGUGUCAACUUAUGUUUCAGGCAUGGCAGAUAAAAGCUUUUUAUAAAAGCAGAUGCCAAUUUACGUAAUUUUUAGUACACUGGUGUUCUCUGUGUCGAGCGAGGGAGGUACAAGACUGUCAUCUUAACUUGGCCAGAGUGCCCCUGAUUCUGAAGCGUGUGUGUCUUUGCAUGUUCUCAGUAGCCAGGGACAGUGCAUAGAGAGGAAAUCUUUGAUACUUUUAAAGGUUAUCAGAGCCCAUUCUGUAAACCAGCUGAACGUCAUGCAUUUGGUGCUGCCAGUGAGAAGGUUUGCCUAGGAUGUCAUCCCUCAGCUAUACAUAGCAAACUCCAAGCUACUUAAGAGAGAAACCUCUUACCAGUCACUUUCCACAAAUGGUGCAUAUACCUAAAGGUACUUAGUGAAAAUCCUUGAGAGGUAUUUAAUGCAAAAGCAGUUAAUCUUUCUAGUGUUCCUCAGAAACUCCCCCAAACCACUAGCAGGGAGAAGUGCAGGGUAGCUACAGCACAGCACUUGGGCCAGUUACUCAUUUUGUCUCAACAAGGCUCUGCCACCCCAAGAGCUUGCCAAAAUGUGUGACAUGGGGGGACUUGACAACCUGAUUGCCAACACAGCCUAUCUGCAGGCAAGGAAGAGUGGAGAUGCAGAUGCCAAGGAGAUGCAAAAGAGGCGUAGGAGCCUCUCACUGCCCAAGAUUGAGCAAUGUGGAGAGGUUAGACAGUCUCUUGUUGUUGAUUAUGAAAACAUCUGUGAGCAGCAGCCCAUUGGCAAGAGAUUUUUCAGAGACUUCUUAGAGACAGUGCCAGACUAUGUGGUAGCUAGGGACUUCCUGGACGAGUUGUCAAACUGGGAGUUGGCAGAGGACAACAUCAAGAGCAGUACCAUGGAGAAUAUCUUCACCAAUUUUCUUAAGACAGGCUCCAAAAACUAUCUGGCUUUCAUGAGUUCUGACUUGGCCAGCAAAUGCCAGGCAGCUACUGCGAAAGACUACGAGGCUAUUGUGCAGCUGGUGAAGGAGGAAACAAAACAAUUUCUUAAAGACAAGCCCUUCCAGGACUUCCAGACCAGCCCUUUAUAUGACAAAUUCCUCCAAUGGAAAGUUUUUGAGAAGCAACCAGUAACUGAGAAAUACUUCUACGAAUUCCGCGUGCUGGGCAAAGGUGGCUUUGGAGAGGUAUGUGCUAUCCAGGUGAAAAAUACUGGCAAGAUGUAUGCCUGCAAGAAACUGGAUAAGAAAAGGUUGAAAAAGAAAGGUGGGGAGAAGAUGGCACUACUGGAGAAAGAGAUCCUGGAGAAGGUCAACAGCCCUUUCAUAGUCACCCUAGCUUAUGCAUAUGAAAGCAAAACCCAUCUGUGUCUUGUCAUGAGCCUCAUGAAUGGAGGGGAUCUGAAGUAUCACAUCUACAAUGUGGGAGAAAGGGGUUUGGAAGUGAACAGGGUCAUCUUUUACUCAGCUCAGAUCACCUGUGGGAUUCUGCAUCUCCAUUCUAUCAAGAUUCUGUAUCGGGACAUGAAACCAGAAAACGUCCUCCUGGAUGAUAACGGUAACUGCAGACUGUCUGAUCUUGGAUUGGCAGUGGAAGUCAAAGAGGGAAAAACCAUCACUCAGAGGGCUGGGACAAACGGUUAUAUGGCUCCGGAGAUCCUGAAGGAAGAAGAUUACAGCUAUCCUGUGGACUGGUUUGCUAUGGGGUGUAGUAUUUAUGAGAUGAUUGCUGGGCGAACACCAUUUAAGGAUUUCAAAGAAAAGGUCAAUAAAGAUGAGGUUAGAAGAAGAACUCUGGAAGAUGAGGUGAAAUUUGAACAUGCCAACUUUUCAGAGGAAGCAAAAGACAUUUGCCGACUAUUUUUGGCCAAGAAAAAAGAGAAUCGUUUAGGAAGCAGAAAUCAAGAUGAUGACCCAAGAAAACAUAGUUUCUUCAAAACCAUAAAUUUCCACAGGCUAGAGGCAAACCUUGUUGACCCUCCAUUUGUGCCAGAUCCAUCAGUUGUCUAUGCCAAAGAUAUUGGAGAUAUUGCUGACUUCUCUGAAGUACGAGGAAUUGAGUUUGAUGACAAAGAUAAGAAGUUCUUCCAAAGGUUUGCAACAGGUGCUGUCCCUAUACCCUGGCAGGAAGAAAUUAUUGAAACAGGACUGUUUGAAGAACUGAAUGAUCCUAACAGAGUAGAAUCUGGGAAAUAUGCAAAUGGAGAUGAAGCUAAGUCAGGAGUUUGUUUAUUGUUGUAAACAGCACAUCAUUAACACAAAGAGUAGGAACCAUCUCAGAACAUUCCAUAUUCUGACACUGUUUCAGAAACUGCAUCUGUUUAAGAAGAACCAAUCAAUGUAAUAUGACAUUGACAGGCUAUGUAGAACCACCAGCUGUAUAGACUAUAUUACUUCCUUUUGCUCUAAUGAAAAAGUUAAUGUUUCUGUUUUAUUGGAGCGUUAUCAGGUUGAAGAGUCAUAUUUCUCUAAGAAACUUAGAAUAAUAGAAAUUCUCAGAUACAAAAAUCAGCAAUAGAGUGAAGAGGCAGCACCUUUUGAAAAUGACCGACUACCAUUUUGAAUACAGUCAUGUGUUGGUUUUCCUUCUAUUUUCUUGUUAUUUCUACUAACAUUUCCUCUUUGAUCAACAGUUUUCAGGAAAUAUUUUUUUAAUUUUUAAGUAAUAUUCUGAGUUAGACAGUGAAGCUCACAUACCGUGUCAAACUUGGAAUCUAAUUGGUUAGCCAGUCUGUCUGUUGUUUUCUUAAUUUGUUAGUUUUUGAAUUAUGUCAUUGUAAUAUGUUCAAAUUGUAAAAUGUAACAGAAAGCUCUACAUAUCACUAGGAAAUAGGACUGACAGGAUCAGAAUCUGCAAAGUUGAUUUUAACAGAAUGAAGAUAAGAUUGCACCAAAGUUGAAUAAAGCAUUUAUUUAUUAUAA